AUGCGUCCCCCGCACGUGGCGUGCGCGGUGUCGCUCCAACCUGGCGGGGUGUGCGUGUGGGGCGCCGGCGGCCCGCUCGUGGCGCGCGACGUCUGGGGCCGCUGGAUGCUGUUAGGGUUGGGUGUGAGAGGCCCAGGGUGCGGCGCGCCGUCUCGCUACUUGGACAUGAUGAGCUACUACCCUUGGGUCGAGAAGAGUCUGGACGAGUUCAAUAAGAUCACCAUCUCUAAGAUAUCCAAGCAGAAAUAUGUAUUGCGUUCUAGCCACAACUACCAAAGAUUCGGUAAUUGCGACGCCGAAGAGAAAACCCACUUGGCGUUCCGAGAAACUAUUGUACUGAGGACGGACAACAGUCAAUAUCAGUAUUUGACCUACAAUAUAACGCUGUUGGAUAAUAUUGAGUACACCUGCAUGACGAUGGAACUGGUCAAUGCGUCUGCCGUCUCCGAAAUGAGGAUCAAACAUUUCUGCAACCGGGUGAACUUUGGAGCACCAUGCUAUUUUUAUAGAGGUUCCUCAAUGGAGCUCUCGGUGUAUAUAAUGUUUUCCGACAAAUGCCUAUUCGAGUUGUUCGUAUGGGGCUUCAAUAAGAACAUGACGCUACUGGACAUCCAGGAAUGGAAAUGGGAAGAAGGCACAUACUACGACGACUUCACGAUGCAGCGGGUCGAGUACAGAGGUCCCUCAUAUAUGACGGACUAUGGUUACGAGCCCCUGGAUAGUAGUAUAUGGGUGCCGGAAUACGAUAUUUGGACGACCACUUUAUUAGAUAACAGUACUACGCCUACACCGCCCCCCGUUAAAGUGUCACGACCAACACCAACGCGACCCACUACAACGGUGAUGAAAACGAAACCAACACCGAAACGAAAAACUAAACCGCGUCCUACAACAAGACGAAGAACCCAGAGACCGCGGAGACCGACAACCCGUAGAACAACCAUAGAACCUUCCAAAUCUUACCCUAGUAAUGAAACGACUACAAUAGCCAGUACAGCAACAGGAAAUACUUCUACAUCUUACCCUAGUAAUGAAACGACUACAAUAGCCAGUACAGCAACAGGAAAUACUUCUACAUCUUACCCUAGUAAUGAAACCACAACAGUAGCCAGUACAACAACAGAAGAGACUAUUGAUUCUGCCAUGAGUAAUGAAACGACAACAGUAGCCAGUACAACAACAGAAGAGACUAUUGAUUCUGCCAUGAGUAAUGAAACGACAACAGUAGCCAUUACAUCAACAACGGUCGGUCAACCAUGA